GUUCCCAGGCUUCAUUCACAAGAGCGCUUCGCUGCUGCCGAAACACCGCACACUUUUUACUCCCGUUUGUGAUGAACACAUGCCGGAUUAUUUGAUGGAUUUAUAAAUGCACAUUUCACGGAUUGUACCAAGACCUGGGAAGUGUUAUCCAAGGAGAGAUUGGAAUUUAGAAGUUUCCUCCAGCAGGGAACUGGAUUGAUGUCUUAAUGCAACUAUUUUGGAAAGAGACCAAGGGCCUCUUCACGAAGACUGCAAAUAAAACUGGUUACGGUGACUACCCGUACUCGCCGGGCACACUAGGUGUUUCGGCUUCUUUCCGCUCCACCGGGGAGAUGUAUCAGGGGUUCCCUGGAGACCCCGACACCGGCUCCCGUGGAAGCUCAUCUCCUUCUCUUGAAUCUCAGUACCUGUCUUCCGUGGAAUCCUUCGGGAGUCCGCCCACCACCAGCGCACCGCAAGAGUGUGUAUCAGCCACUGGCGGGGUAGCGGUGGGUGGAGGGUUGACCGGCACCGGCACCGGGUCAGGGGUGGACAUGCCCAGCUCAUUUGUACCCACAGUGACGGCCAUCACCACCAGCCAGGAUCUGCAGUGGAUGGUGCAGCCCACUCUCAUCUCCUCCGUGGCCCCGGGGCAGAGCGGCUCGGGCUCCAGCACCAUGACACAGGCUGUCGCCUUAGACCCCUACGACCUGCCAGGCCCGAGCUUUUCAUCCCCGGGAAGCUUCACCCCACCAAACUCGGAUACUCCAGGCCCGGUGCGACAGUCUCGGAGCCGCCGUCGUGCGCGGGAUGAAGCGCUGACCCCUGAAGAGGAGGAGAAAAGACGCGUGAGACGAGAGAGAAACAAACAGGCCGCCGCUAAGUGCAGGAACCGACGGCGUGAGCUCACAGACAGGUUACAGUCGGAGACAGACAUUUUGGAGGAGGAGAAGGCCGAGCUGGAGGCGGAAAUAUCCGAGCUGCAGAAGGAGAAGGAGCGCCUGGAGUUCGUCCUGGUCGCCCACCAACCCGGUUGCAAAAUGCCCUAUCAGGACCAGCCCCCCGCUCCGCUGCCGCAGACGUCCCCGCAGGGGCCCUCUGUCUCCGUGGUGGGUUUGACCGUGAAGGAGGACUCUUUCUACCUGCCGCCCGCCUACUCGUCCCACCUCCACCACCACCAACACCACCAACACCACCAACAACACAUCCCGGCUCCACAGCCCACGCAGACACAGCCGGCACCAGCACAACAGCAGCCAGGGAUGAUGCAGGAGGUAGCCUUUUCUAGUUCUUUCUAUGGGCAGGGCCAGCCGGCGCCGGACGGCCCGUGUCUUGUUGCCGACGGUGGCGGUAACCCUGACGCCUGCAGCUACAUCCCCUCAUACACAUCUUCAUUUGUGUUCACCUACCCAGAGGGAGCCUGCGGGGCCAGCGCUAACCAGCGAACCAGCAGCAGCGAUCAGUCGUCUGAUUCCCUGAACUCACCCUCGCUUCUUGCACUCUGAGAGCUCUCUCUGCCUCUGCUUGCCUAUGUCGACAACAGCACACAUGCGCGCACACACUCAGACAUCGUAUUGAUCCUUCACAGUUAAGCCCUGCGGGGCCCAGAUGCGUUAGCGUCUGAGUGACUUCAUCAGAUAAUGUAAGUGUAUAUUAAUUCACAAUGAAUUCAGGCUUAAUAUCAAGAUGAGUCAGUACCCCACACACACACUUAAUUUCGACAAAUUUAAAUCCGUUUGACUCAUAUCAAUCUCCGCUUACAUCAGCUUACAUCUCCGUUCUCUCUCUUCACGCCUGCUGUGUAUUUGUCUAAGCAAAAAAAAAAAAAAGGGGGGGGGGGGGUGGCGGCUGGGCAGAACUGCUUUGUGGGUUUUGCUUUGGGCUACCUUGCUAGUCUCCAUCCAGCUCAUCCACACCUCGUCUGACGUCUUCCUAUGACAACCUACCUAUCUCUCUUUUUUUUUUCUCCACAUCUCCACAUCUCCUCUCUCCUGUCUUUAUGUACCUCUGGUUCUCACUGAAGCCUUCAGCCCCUGAGAGUCCGUUGGACCCUGAUAGCCCGUGGAUCCUCGAGUGAGCGCCAUCCCACACCCCCGACACCACAAACCCCCCCUCCCUCGCACGGACCGGAACUUCACAAUGAGCAGACGUCUAAACGAACCAGCCACAGCGCGCAGAUCAAACGCCGUCUCAGACGCCACCACACAGGCUAAAGGAACUCCUCCUCAGCGCUGAGGAUUUCGGAUGAGCGGAGGAAACACACUAGCUAACAGAGGAUCUGGAGGUAUGAGAUGACGAGAGUAUUCAACGAUAGUAUUAAGCGCAUAUGAGAGUGGAUCUACACUCUGGCUUUGAAGAGCAUUAUAAUGAGUGACCCAAAAUAAAGAGAAAAAAAGACAACCUCUCAGUUUUGGAUGAGUGACCUCUGUGCUUCUAAAAGUCCUUGAGUUGAGGCCUCUCGGCUUUGAUUGUGAAUGGAAGCCACAGAGGACUGCCCGUCCAGUUGAUUUCUUUCUUUAAGGGGUUGUUCUUGUUGUUGUUAAAGCACAAAUGACGGCUGCAGAGGGAAGGGUCACGCAACGGUGGCCUACCUAAAGGACGGGAUGUGCUUUUGAAUAUGAACUGUUUACUUUCCUGUGAAUGUUUUUGAUUUUAUUUUUUCUUCAUGAUGCUUUUUCUCUUUUGCUCUUGAUUGUGCCGUUGCUGCCAAAUGGAAGAAUUUUGUGGGGCUUUUAGCUGCUCCUUCUAUCUGUUACUGUUGUCUUACUGCAGUUAUUAUUAUUUCAUAAUUAGCUCAUGUUGGCAACUAAAAAGGCAUGUUGUGCACUAUGAACCUUUUUUUAUGUCUAAACCUAUAUAUAUAUAUAAAUAUAUUCAGUGUAUAGAUAUAUACACAAUGAUUGUAAUGUAAUAUAUGAAUGUUAUUUUUGUCAAUGAAGACAGAAGGGAGAGCUUGAAGCACUUGGUUUUGGUUUAAAUAUAUAGAUAUUUUUCUAAAAGAACAAAAAUAUAUUAUAAUAAACAAUAACAGCCCCGCUUUACCUUACCAUGAAAAGCAUUGUCACUGCCUUUCAUUGGAAAUGUGUGAUAUGUACGAUGACUGUAUUGAAACUGUGGUGUCACAGGUUUGUGCUGUGCUUGAUUUGUCAAUGAGGCCCUUGUUCAUCAAACCCUGUGGACAAAACACACUGGACGCAAAAUAUCUAAAUGCAUAAACAGAUCAAUAAAUAUGCUAUAAAGAAAAAGAAGAAAUGAAUUGAGUGUUUCAAUGUAUUCUAGACGCAGUCUAGGUUGUUUCUCAAGCAGUGUUGCAUUGAUUCAUCAUGUCCAGUGUGUGCUGUCUGCCCUUUGUCUUGUUUGUGUGUGUGUGUGUGUGUUUGCGCGUGUGUGAGAUAGUCAGGGCUUGAUGGACAACUUUUAACCAGACCUAAUUAAUUCAUGUUACAGAUAUGAUCACAAAAAUAGUAUUUUGCAAACAGACGAGGUGCAUUGUUCCCAUUGACUUGAUAUUUUACUGGGUGGAAAUGAUAAUAUUUGUACAGUUGUUUAACCUUUUCUUGCACCAUUGGUCAAAUAUAGCUAAAAUAUAAGCAGAGAAGGAGCUCUUUCCAACAGAGCCAUUUGAUGAAAUUAUGUUCUCAUUUAGCAUUGAAAACUGAAUUAUGCCGUCUCAAAGAGUGACGUAAUGAAGGCAGAGAAGUGGGACAUUAUAUGAUAUCAGAAAGCACAUGUGUGUCACAACAGUUUUAUGUUGUUUUGAUUUUUCAGCUGUUGGUGCUUUUGUUCCUCCUACACCAAAACAUAUUGUAUCUAUACGAAUAUGAUCUGUCUCUGAUAUUAUAGCAUAUAAGGAGAUGUCGGUUAGAUGAUACAGUAUCAUGUUACUUCUGAUCAUCCUAGGUAUUUUCAAAUUCACAGUGCUUUGAAUUGACACGGUGCAAUGCAAUAUAUCAGAUACUCUUGUAGCAAAUCAAGCGAAUUGUAUGAGAAAAGUCAUUUCGGAUGCUACAGUGUCACAGUGAAGAUUUGAGACAACUUUGUCUUUCCAGUUUACCUUGUGUAUGAUUUACUCAUCUGAGACCUCAGUGAUGGGACGGUUAUGCAUUACGAGAUGUGUGUCAGUUUCACUUUCUAAUGCACAGUUUAAGAUUGCCUUCAGUAUGAGUCUUGUUAAAGAGCUAUUUCUCAUAUCAUCAAAGUUAGGUGUAACAAGAAUCAUCACAAAACAUUUCAAACUGAAAAUAUAUGGUGCUUUUUCAAUACUGUUUGUAUAUUCUUGACUGAGAAAGCCGAUGACAGACGUGUCGUUGAGGUGGUGGGUUUGACAGAGUGCUCUGCAGACUGAGUUUCUCAUAUUGAACAGCAUAUUUAAUACAUACUGAACAACCCUUGUGAAUUAUAUAAUCCGACGUUCUCUCUCUUUUCACCCUUUCUCCAUUUAUGCUAUAACGUUAUUUCUAUCCCUUUAAUGAAUGGAGAAUGACAUUUCAUAUUGUUAGACUGUGAAAUCUUGGUGUACUGUCCUAUCUAUCUUUGUAUGACGUCCAAUUUUUCUUGUAAAGGAAAUGUCUACAAAAUAAACAUAUUCACAAA